UGGUCCGCAGGAGUACGUGGUGAUUUCCACGUACAGUGGCAGGGCAGAGGUAGCUGUUUGGUCUGGGGUUUUACAGUGAUAGAAGAAGUGGCCAGAUUCGAAUUCGACGUCGACGACGACGACCGCCACUGCUUCCCCCAUUACCAUAUACGGCAAGUGACAGACACACUCUUCAUAGAGAGAGAGAGAGAGAGAGAGCGAAGUCCAAAGACGCAGGAAGAGAGAAGAGCUGAGCAGCAGAACCCAACCCACCCCUCUAAUUUUCGACCCUUUUCCGGUACUGUCGACAUGUGAAAAAAUCUCCCAAGAUUCAUCCUUUCCUGCUCCUCUCUCCAUUACUCUGAAAGCCCAGAAAGGAAGAACCGCCUGCUGACUUCCGCUGUCGAUCGGUAGUUCAAGGUCGCCGAGCCAUGGCCAUUGUCGAGAACUCCGUGGUGGAUUUGGGCAGGGGCUUCGAGAAGGCUCCUCCACCGCAGCUUGACCCGCCCGAUCAGGACCAGGCCGCUUACCUCCCGCCGCGCCUGGAUCAGCAGCCGCCGCCGCUUUACGGCAACCACCACUCUCUCCAGGCUGGGUCCAACGGCCACCACAACAACCACCACGUUUCUGCCGGUGGCGGAGGGGACAAGGAGAGCAAUGGGGGGCAGCUCAUGGGCGAGAAGCUGAAUGGGGACAUGAGGGAGCUGCAGGACCUCUUCUCUAAGCUCAAUCCCUGGGCUGAGGAAUUCGUUCCCCCCUCGCUCUCCAACAGUAAUGGCGUCAACGGGCAGCACUACUCUAGCAACGGCUCCAGUUUGUCUAAUGGUGGUCGGAAUGGGCAGUUUAAUGGUGGAGCCGGAGGGCGUCGGAAGAACUACAAUCAAGGGAAACGGAGGGUUAAUAGUCGGACAAGUGUGGCCCAGCGAGAAGAAAUUAUUCGCAGGACAGUAUAUGUAUCUGAUAUAGAUCAACAGGUCACUGAGGAGCAGCUUGCUGCGCUCUUUGUCAAUUGUGGUCAGGUCGUUGAUUGUCGUAUUUGUGGUGACCCUAAUUCUGUUCUUCGCUUUGCCUUCAUUGAGUUCACUGAUGAAGAUGGUGCAAGGGCUGCUUUAAACUUGUCAGGGACAAUGCUCGGGUUCUAUCCUGUGAGGGUGCUGCCCUCAAAAACUGCUAUUGCUCCAGUUAAUCCAACCUUCUUGCCUCGGAAUGAAGAUGAGCGGGAAAUGUGCACAAGAACCAUAUACUGUACGAAUAUUGAUAAGAAGGUUACCCUGGCAGAUGUCAAGCUUUUCUUUGAAUCUCUUUGUGGAGAGGUCUAUCGCCUGAGGUUGCUUGGAGACUAUCACCACUCUACUCGUAUUGCUUUUGUUGAGUUUGUAAUGGCUGAAAGUGCAAUCCUUGCUCUCAAUUGUAGUGGUGUAGUUCUUGGAUCAUUGCCUAUAAGGGUCAGUCCAUCGAAAACGCCUGUUCGGCCCCGAGCUCCUCGGCUUCCUAUACACUGAAUAUCAAUCUGAUCUCUGACUUUCACCUUCGUCUCAUAUCUCGCUGGCCAUACUGAAAGUUCUGUGUAGAAAUCUUUGGCUCUCUGUCCGUGGUUGGUUGGUCUCUUAUCUUCUCUAUUUAUAUAUAUAUAUAUAUAUAUAUAUUAUAUUUAGACACAAGAUAAUAGGUUUAUGUUGCUUUUGGUCACUCUCUUGCACAUAUAGAGUUGUGCCGGAAACUUUUGAGGCUCUUGACUUGAUAGAUUAUUAUGUAUUUACUGCUGAUCAACAGUGUGAACUGAACUUGGGGGUACCUUUUGAUAUGAGAACUUCGACCGCUGAUUCCUAUUUAUGAAUAGUCCCUUUUGUUGAUCA